UUAUUUUCAUGUACAAAGACAGUAAUCAAGAUAUAUUUGCUGCAAGAUGAUCGUGUUUUAUGACAGUAACAAACGACCGAAGAAUGGUUCGUAAAGCCGAUCUGGUUAUUAUCGGUAUCUCUGUUGGAGUGGCUGUGGGAGUACUCAUAGCCUGUCUAGUAUUUUUCGGUGUUUGUUGGUACAAGAGGCGGGCCCACCUUCGUCGCUGCUCAAAUGAUCGUUCAUCUUCUAAUAUUCCUAUGCGACAUAACGGUUUAGAUUCAAGCAUGGAUUCAAGUGCAUCUCUUUCGAUUUCCGUGGCAAUCAAUGGCUCAGAUUAUCUCCCCCCAAAACCCCAACAUUCUUGGUGGAAUAAUCAUAAAAAAGAUCGGUUCGUUUCUGCAUCUGGUAUUCCGAGAUACUCUUACAAAGAUAUUCAGAAGGGAACACAGAACUUUUCGGAUAUUUUGGGACAGGGUUCGUUUGGGCCGGUGUAUAAAGCUUCAAUGCCAGCUGGCGAAGUGGUUGCUGUGAAAGUUCUUGCUUCGGAUUCGAAACAAGGAAAAGAGUUUCAGACAGAGGUUUCCUUGCUAGGUAGACUCCAUCAUCGAAAUUUGGUGAAUUUAGUCGGUUAUUGCAUCGAUAAAGGGCAGCACAUGCUAGUUUACGAGUACAUGAGCAAUGGAAGCUUGAGAAAACUUCUAUACAAUGACGAUGAACAAGUGUUGAGUUGGGAAUAUCGACUUCAAAUAGCACUAGACAUUUCACACGGCAUCGAAUACCUACACGAUGGGGCAGUGCCACCUGUCAUACAUCGAGAUCUGAAAUCGGCCAACAUUUUACUCGAUCGUUCCAUGAGAGCAAAGGUUGCUGAUUUUGGACUAUCGAAAGAAGAGGUUUUCGACGGUCAUAAAUCGGGGCUUAAAGGUACAUACGGGUAUAUCGAUCCUGUGUAUAUAUCCACAAGCAAUUUCACAACCAAGAGCGAUGUGUACAGUUUCGGCAUUAUUCUAUUCGAGCUCAUUACUGCAAUUCACCCACACCAGAAUCUAAUGGAAUAUGUCAAUCUUGCUGCUAUGAGUCCAGAUGGCGUUGAUGAAAUAAUCGACACGAAAAUUAUAGGGACGUUUAAUCCGGAAGAAGGAAGGAGCCUGGCGAAAAUUGCCCACAGGUGUUUGCAUAAAAUACCGAGAAAACGUCCUACGAUUGGAGAAGUUUCGCAGGGUAUUAUAAAGAUAAAGCAGAGGCGGCUUGUUAAAGAAGAUACAAUGUCGUUUGCCAGCGCGGAUUUCUCGAGAGCUGUGAGCAGAAUCGAAUGCCAGCAAAUCGAAUUGAGAAGUAUGGCCAGUAUAGAUGAAAGGCCAAAUUGAAUAACCUGAUUUUUUUUUGUUAUUAUUGUGGGCUAUUCCUUUUCAUUUUCCACUACUGCAAAAAUGCAAAGAAAUAAUUUUUUUUUUUUCUUUUUCUUUUGGGGUUUAGUUUCUUAUAUAGUAUAGUUAAUGCACAGCGGUUGGAUCAAAUUUUCAAGUAUAUAAUCUACUUUUUCUCCUUUAUUUUUUUUUAA